UCAGGUUUGUGGGCGGAGUUAAAAAAAAAUAAAAAUAAAAACAUAUUACAGCCCACAGAAAAAAAGCAACAAAAGAAAAUUAUUUCAAAGUGAUACAAGCAAACGCAGAGCAGAGGUGAUCCAUGGCAGGGAAGCGUGGAGUACAGCUUGGUUCUGCUUCUGAGCUUACGGCGAUGGCAACCAUCCGAGGGGCACUGGCGGAAUUUGUGGCAUUGAUGAUAUUCAACUUCAUCGGCUGCGGUGCUGUAGUCGUUACCGGCUGGACCAGGAACCAAUCAGGGGACGUGGAUUACAAUGGCAGAGUGCUGUGCAUUGCUAUGGCACACGGACUCACGAUCGGGAUCCUGGUGGCAGCAACCGCAGGCGUGUCCGGAGGGCAUAUCAAUCCCGCUGUGACGUUUGGAAUGCUGCUGACUGGACGGAUCACACUCCUCAAAUCCGUUGUCUAUUGGGUGGCACAAGUCGUUGGAGCGAUUUUGGGAACGGGUCUUCUUGCUGCCGUCGCACCCAACAAAGCGCAGGGUAAUCUUGGAAGCCAUCUCAUCAACGUUCAUAUUCCCGCAAUGAACGGGACAGCGGUGGUGGUGGAUAUGGACGCCGAACAAAUUCAGGUCGGAACCAGCUUUUUGACGGAGGUUAUCAUCACGUUCAUCUUGGUGUUUGUGAUUUGGGGCACAGCUGUGGACCCUCGCGGCCCGUCGGCCAUCGCCCCGCUGAUGAUUGGUCUCACUGUUCUUGCCAAUCACCUAGCUGCAAUCCCCAUCACCGGGGCAUCCAUGAACCCCGCCAGGUCCUUUGGGGCCGCAGUGUGGUCUGACGUGUGGGAGGAUCACUGGAUCUACUGGAUUGGGCCUCUGCUGGGUGCGGCCAUCGCCGCGCUAUUCUACGAGCAUGUCCUCUUGGCACCGUCUUCCAACACCAACACGAUCCAGAAGAGCCAGCCAAUUUUGGAGAAGAUUUACUCGCUGAAGCAGGUGCAGAUGCCUACAGUGUAGAAAGUCGGUCACUACUCCUUUCCUUGCUUGCUUUUCCUUGUGAUUGGCUGGCCAUCACUGCCUUCCACACUUUGAG